GCUGUUCGACAAUUUUUCUUCUAGUUACAGCCUGUUGAAUAACGCCUAAAAAUUAGGACUAGAGUCGGUUUAUAACGUGGAAGAAUAUUUCGGCGAUGAAGAUAUCAAUGAUACCUGUGUUUAACUAUUUUUUAACUAUGGGAGUUCAGAAAUAGAUGUGUCAGUAGUCAGUCUUCGAUCUGUUUAUUGACCGCUUAUAAAUGCAUCAUGCUUUUCUGUUCCAUACCCAAAAAUCUUUCGAUGCCACGCGAAUUUAAUCCAACUUUUUACCUCUGUAUUGGACGGCAGAGAAAGAGCAAAGUGAGAGUAGUAGUGGAUGGUUACUCCCAUACUCUUUCUGAAAUCAGAUGAAUGGGAAAGAUAGACUCGACCUUUUGUUCUUCAUCAUUCGAAUACUAAGAGUAGUGAGUGAAUCGCGUGUAUUAUGUACUUGCAAAUGUGGAUGUUGUUUUUGUGGGCUCUCAGCUUAACCGACUGCCUCUGCGGUGCUAUUUUGGCAGAAGAUACAGCUAUCUUGAGAGAAGAUGAUUUCGAUCCUCCAAAUAGACAAAAUGACAAGUUUUCCAACGAGGCCUACCCCUAUGUUAAGGGCAACGGAAACAAUAUUUACGACGACAGAUACGCUGAAUUUUCCCCAAGAUGUACAGAACGUUUAGAAAACGCUCUGGAGCUGAUCAGGAGGAGGCAGGUGGCUAAACAGAAGACGCUGCAUCUGAAUGGUUAUUCUCUGCAUCAGCAGUUGAGGAGUGCACCUUACGAUAUGUAUGUCACAGAUAUGAGAGUGAGAUUGCCCAGCUCCUCUAGCUGGGUAAGAGUGGACAGAUGUCGAUUUGACCCAAGGAAUACCAGCCUGGAAACGAGACUCCUAUUCAACGAUCUAACAAUAAGCGGCAGAGUCAACCUCUUCAACGGAGACGACAUUCAAAGACAAGAAGGCCACGCUUUAGACACCGACAACAGUUGCAACAUGAUCCUCAGACUAAGAAGAGCUGGAAUAGGGUUUUACACAGAACCGAUACGAAGAGAAAGGGGCCAUUUCAAUGUUAGAACAGACUCCCAUUUCUUGGAACCAGGUUUUAUAAGUGUUUACGCUUAUGAGUGCGAGCCAACAAAAUUCAGAGCCUACAGUAAAGAUCUGAGAGAGGAGGAAGAAGACGAACUAUCAAGAGAAAUGGAAGAUAUAUUUCUGAAAGGCAUUAGGUCCUUGUUGACAUCCUAUAUGCAGAAAGAAUUGCAACCAGCCAUCAAAGAGACUUUGAUGAAAAAUAUGGGUUACACUGUUUCAUAUGGAUGAUGAUACGAAUGGACUGUUGAAAAUCCAAUUAAGACAUGGACUACAAUAAAACAUUGAUCGAAAGAGUGGCAGGCAGACUUGUUAGUCUGGUCUGUCUGCUACUCUUUCGGUUUGUAACUCCAUUUUCACAAUUUCAAUUAUGUAUGUCAUGGAAUUAAACCUGCUCUUUUUUGUUCUGAAUAAUCUAAUAUUAAAAGUGUUAGACAGACAUGAAAUGUUUAAGUUCAAUGCAAAAAUAAUUCCUUCAAAUGCAUUCGUAAACUUUCAAUGAGUAUAUUCAAAUGCACCAACAUGCUCUCCUAACAACAGUUAGAUCACACUGUGUUCAAAGUGAUAAGGUUUAACUUGUUUGUUGGCGGAGUCCUAACAUAAUGUAAUCUAUUUAUUUUGUAAAAAUGUAUAAAAAUAAUAUUUCAUAAAAUGUAUAUAGCUCCAAUUGGAAUAAAUUUUUUUUUGGAA